CAGAAAGCGAUCGCGUGAUUGUGUGCAUACGAGCAGCUGACCGGCUCGAAACGGUUUUCUGGAAACAUUCGAAUCUCGAUUCUCUCGACCGAGUCUCAUCCGUCAAUUUCAUCUGAGAUUACCCGUGAAUCUUUCUUGAGGAAGAGGCCAGCAUGUCUUUGGUACCGUUGUUGUUCUCCGACUGGUGGGAGGAUCUCGAGUUCCCGCACCGGCUCUUCGACCAGAACUUCGGCCUGGGCAUUCAUCCAGAUCAACUAGCGAAUCCGAACAUUGUCGAACGCUUUGCGUUGCAACCUAAUCGACGUCUGCGCCCAUCGCCCUUGAGCUACUAUCGACCAUGGGGCGAGUUAUUGCGCACCAGGGAAGAGGGUGGCACAUCCACCGUUAAAGCGGACAAGGACAAGUUCCAAGUGAUCCUGGACGUGCAGCAAUUCAAGCCGCAAGAGAUCACUGUCAAGGUCGUGGACAAAUGCGUGAUAGUCGAGGCCAAACACGAGGAGAAGCAAGAUGAGCACGGCUGGAUCUCACGGCAGUUUAUCCGCAAAUACCUAAUACCUGAGCAGUGCGAUAUCGAUCAGGUGACGUCGAGUCUGUCAUCCGAUGGCGUAUUGAGUAUCAUCGCGCCGCGGAAAGACCAGCCAAAGCUGCAGAACGAGCGAUCGAUCAAGAUUGAGCAUACCGGCAAGCCGGCAAUCCAGGAGAAGGUGCAGGAGAAGGUGCAGGAGAAGAAGGAGAAGAAGUAGAAAGUAGACAGAUGAUAAACAUUUAAUCUCUGUGUAUUUUGAUGUAUUUCUUUUAAUCUCUGUGUAUUUCGAUGUAUUCCCGUGAAAUGUUCCUAAUAUUCUAAAUAUUCUACUUAUGUUUGAGCAAGUUAUUUUCUUUUUUUUCUAUGUAAGAAUAAAUAUAUUAAUAGUUGCAUAUCCUUUUUCACUUAUACUUAUAAAAUGAGAACGAUCAAAUAAAUUGUUCGGUGAAACUUAA